CUGGUGGAUCCGCAGCGGGUGGGGAAUGCGCUCGGAAAAGGAGGGGCCCGGAGGCCCCAGGGCGGCAGUUGCUAUGCGGGGCCAGAGCGGGAGGGAGAGGACGUCAGCUGUGGGGACUCCACAGGAGUCUCCACGGAGAGAGGCAGGAGCACCGCCAGCCUUGUCCUCCAGCUGUGGGGGCAGCGCAGGCAAACCUCGCGAGGAGAAGAGGACUGUCCUGAGCAAGGUGGUUAUCCGGCGCCUUCCUCCCAGCCUCACCAAGGAGCAGCUGGAAGAGCACCUGCACCCGCUACCUGCACAUGAUUACUUUGAGUUCUUUACUGCGGAUCUCAGUCUUUAUCCUCAUCUCUACUCAAGAGCAUACAUUAAUUUUAGAAAUCCUGACGACAUUCUUCUUUUUAGAGAUCGUUUUGAUGGAUAUAUCUUCAUUGACAAUAAAGGCCUAGAGUAUCCUGCAGUGGUAGAGUUUGCUCCAUUCCAGAAGAUAGCCAAAAAGAAGCUAAAGAAAAAAGAUGCCAAAACUGGAAGCAUUGACAAUGAUCCAGAAUAUAAGAAGUUUUUAGAAACUUAUUUCUUGGAGGAAGAGAAAGUUAGUGCCAAUCCUGAAACUCUUCUGGGAGACAUAGAGGCAAAGACAAGAGAACUUAUUGCUAGAAGAACCACACCUCUUUUGGAAUACAUUAAAAAUAGAAAAUUAGAAAAGCAGAGAAUUCGAGAAGAGAAGCGAGAAGAGCGAAGACGAAGGGAGUUGGAAAAGAAACGCAUACGAGAAGAAGAAAAAAGAAAGAGAAGAGAAGAAGAAAAAUGUAAGAGAAAAGAAAUAGACAAACAAAAGAAAAUUGCUGAGAAAGAAGUAAGGAUUAAGUCUUCCACCCCACGGCCACCACUGUCACAGCUAGAGUAUCAAGGGGGUUCCCAGCCUCCGCGUCAUGAACCAGUACCAAUCCUGGCCUGUAGGAACCGGGCCGCACAGCAGGAGCUUCUUAAGAAACCAGAAAAGGGAGAGGAAGCAGCCACCGAGAAACCAAAAGAACCAGGAGAGGAAAUUGAUACUGGAGAUGGACAAUGGGAAGCCUGUCCUGGCUGUGCUGUCGUGAAGGCCAAGCCCUGGGACAACCUGCCAGAGGAGCGCAGGGAAAAGUCACACAAUGACAGUGAUAAAGAGCAAAAGGAAAUGGAGAGGAAAUUUCGAGAAAAAGAACUUGAAACACAAAAAUACCACUUGGAUGACAGCAGAAAGCUUAGAGCUCACUAUGAGUUUGACAAGUUCUCCAGAAGAAACGAAGAGAUGAACUUGGGGAAAGCAUUCACCCCAGACAGAGGGAAGGCAGGGAGCCAGGACCGUGGCAUCCCUGUGGAAGCAACAGAGAGACCAGGGAGGGAACAGAAGAGUGAGGAUGGCCUGGCACCCAGAAAGGCGAACGUGCGAAACAAGGACCGGCCGUCCUUGCCGCUGUACCAGCCAGGAGCUCGCAUGAGAGCACGUGAAUGUGGUGGAAGAUUCUCUGAGGAGGGCCGUGCUGGGCGGAGGGCUGAGGCAGAAGAUUCAACAGGGGCUGGUUCCAGGAAGAGCAAAGAGGCAGAAUGAGUCAACACGCAUGCCACAGUUGUGACAAGGGUGAGCUCGCAUUCCAAAUUCCAUGGAUUAGAAAUGUGUAAAAUUAGUCUGGAAUAUAACCUGCAAGGUGAAUUGACUCCUUAAAAAGAAACUAGAAACUGGUGGCAUAGAAACAAUCUUUUUAAAAACUCAACAGAGUUUUCUUUGAUUUUACCAUUUCUAGUGUAAAUUACCAUGUAUCAUUUAGCCAAAACAGAGAAAAUGAUCUCCUUUGGAAAGUAGAAAAUAUGACCAAAACAGUAUUAAUUCUGAAGCACUUUAAACGUAUUGUCGGAAUAAUUUACACUUUGCAUUUUACACAUUUGUGAGCAAAUAAUCUAUUGGGAUCUGUACCUCAUUAUGCUCCUUGUUGGUUUUCAGGGAGCCAUAGUCGCUGGGAAGUGAGCAGCUCUCAUUCCAGUACAGCCUUGUUAAUUCACUUAUGCACCUUGUCAUGAGAUUCCAGGAAGUCUGUUGUGCAGUAGCCCCUCUGAUAGGAACCUCAACACUGUGUAAAGCCCAACUUUAAUUAUGGCCCUUUUAACAAUUUGGCCACUGACUUGAUGAAAAUGGUUUGUCUUUGUAUGGAUGUGCUUGUGGUUUAUAACCAUGAAGGUUUAAGAAUUGCUAACAUAAAUGGUGUUAUUUUGGGACAUGGACAACAACCUACGUACACUAUGUAGGAUUUUUUUUUGCAGUCUAAUUUUAAAGUGACUUUUUAUAGCUUUCUGCAACUAUGCAUUCUAUAGUAUCUUUUCCUUUUAGUGAAAUUUAAAAUGUCCGUGUAUUUUUGGCACUGUGAUUUGAACCAUAAAAAUUAGUUGCUAUAGGUUUGAAGUUGUUACUGUACUUUUCCUAUAUAGAA